AUGAAUACAUUAUCAUAUCAUCAUUCAACAUCAAGAGAAGUAUUAUUAAAACGUUUUCGUUUAUGGAAACGUCAAUAUCUUCAUGUAGUUAUAUACACAUCAUUAUUUUGGAUAUUUGUUGAUGUAUUUUUUAUAAUGUUAUUUUCUGAUUGUACAAAAGAAGUUAUUAUUCCUUGUUCAUCAUCUUUAUCAACUGAUAAAUAUUCUACAAUAAAUGAUCGUAAUUUUCAAUUACAUCCGAAAAUAAUUAUUGAUAAAAUAAACGAAAGAAAUAAAAUUAUAUUUGAUAAUAAAACUAUGAUUGAAACAACAAAGAAAAGUGUUGUUCCUAAAUGGCAGAACAUUGAGCCAGGAGCAACGAAUCCAACGAAUUGGCAUGGUGAAGCUGGUCGUGCUGUUGUUAUUCCAGAUGAAUUAAAAGAAGAAUCAAAAAAACGUUUUGGAGAAAAUCAAUUUAAUAUUAUUGCUUCAGAUCUUAUAGCUCUUAAUCGAUCAGUUAAAGAUCAACGAUCAGCAAGAUGUCGAUCACAUAAAUUUCCAUCUGAUUUACCAUCAACAUCAAUUAUUAUUGUAUUUCAUAAUGAAGGUAAUUCAACAUUACUUCGAACAUUAACAAGUAUUAUUUUACGAAGUCCAAUACAAUAUAUACAUGAAAUAAUCAUGGUUGAUGAUGCUAGUAUUGCUCGAGACUAUCUUAAAGAUCCAUUAGAAGCAUUUACUAAAGAAUUGCCUGUUUCAGUUCAUAUAUUACGAAAUACUGACCGAUUAGGAUUAAUGAAAUCUCGAUUACGAGGUGCCGAAAUAGCAACUGGUGAUACAUUAACUUUUCUUGAUGCUCAUAUUGAAUGUUCAUCUGGAUGGCUUCAAUAUUUAUUAUAUGAAGUUAAAAAAGAUCGAACAGCUGUUGUAUGUCCUAUAAUUGAUGUCAUCAAUGAUAAUGAUUUUUCUUAUUUAACUGGUAGUGACAUGACUUGGGGUGGAUUUAAUUGGAGAUUAAACUUUCGUUGGUAUCCAGUACCGCAACGAGAGGAAAUUCGUCGAAAUAAUGAUCAUUCAUUACCAUUAUUGUCUCCAACAAUGGCUGGUGGUUUAUUUACAAUAGAUCGUAAAUAUUUUUAUGAAAUUGGUGCUUAUGAUCCAGGUAUGGAAGUGUGGGGUGGUGAAAAUCUAGAAAUGUCAUUUCGUAUUUGGCAAUGUGGUGGAAAAGUUCUUAUUCAUCCAUGUAGUCAUGUUGGUCAUGUAUUUCGUAAACAAACUCCAUAUACAUUUCCUGGUGGUACUGGUAAUGUUAUUUAUCAUAAUAAUAAACGUCUUGUUGAAGUAUGGCUUGAUAAAUAUAAAGAUUUUAUUUAUACAAUUAUACCUGAAUUAAAACGUGUAGAUGCUGGUGAUGUAUCAGAACGUCUUGCACUUCGUGAACGUCUUAAAUGUAAAGAUUUUCAAUGGUAUUUGCAAAAUAUAUAUCCUGAAAGUUCAAUGCCUGUUAAUUUUUAUCAUGUUGGAAUAUUAAAAAAUGAAGUAUAUGAUUGUGCCGAUUCACUCGGACUUACCAAUGACAAUGGAAUUGAACACAAUGCAGGCAUUUUACCUUGUCGCCAUCAAGGUGUAAAUCAGAUACGUAUCGAGUCAAUGUUUUGUUUGACUGUUCAUCAUGUCUACGGUAGUCAAGGGGCGAAUCGUACGGCUACAUUAAAUACACAAAAAUGUAUUGAUCGAACGCAUUCCCCUACGACUGCCAUUUAUCAGAUUUUGGUUUAUUCCAAAAAAAAUGAACUUCGUUUUGAUGAUCUUUGUAUGGAAGCUAAUGCAAAUAGUGCUGUUAAAUUACAAAAAUGUUCAGGAAAUGAAAAACAAAUAUGGAAUUAUAAUAAUGAAACAAAACAAAUGAAACAUGUUAAAUCUGAACAAUGUAUGGCUACUGAUAAGACAAAAAGUCCUGGUCAUUUAAUUCUUGUUUCUUGUAAACAAGAAAAUAAUGCAAAUCAACGAUGGUAUUUGGAACAAGCAGUGUUAACAUAA